AUGAUGAUGAAGUGGCUUUGGAGAUUCAACCUGGAGGAUGCAGGGUUAUGGAAAGAUGUUGUGAUAGCUAAACAUGGAAUAUUGGAUCAUUGGUGCACAAAGGCCUCUAAUCUUCCUUAUGGAGUGGGUCUCUGGAAGGGUAUUAGAAGAUUGUGGGACACCUUUGUUCAACAGACUCAUUUUGAAGUGGGCAAUGGUGGCUCACUCUUAAGAUUCUGGAAGGACAAAUGGGUUGGAAGUACCAGUCUUCAGGAUGACUUUCCAAAUUUGUUCAGAAUAGCUCAAGAUCCCAACUCUGUAAUUGCUGCUAACAGAGAAGGGAACAUUUGGGACCUGUCUUUCAGAAGAAACAUGUAUGAUUGGGAAGUGAAUGAGUUGCUAGACCUUUUUUCGAGACUUCAACAAUGUCACAUCAAUCCCCAGGCAGCGGACAAACUCAAAUGGGGGCAACACAGUGGGGAAUCUACAGUCAAGGAAGGGUACCAUCAAAUGUGCUCUAGAAACCCAUUCAUAGACAAUUGGCCCUGGAAGCUCAUUUGGAGAACAAAACUACCUCUUAAAGUCAUAUGUUUCACUUGGACAGCUCUAUAUGAGGCUUGUCUUACUCAAGACAACCUGAUGAAAAGGAACACUCUUCCAAGCAGAUGUCAUAUGGCAGAAAGGAGGUUGAAACUACCAGGCAUCUUUUCCUCCACUGUAAAGUGGCCUCAGAAAUCUGCAAUCUGGUUUUUUUGCCUCUUUGGUGUUAAUUGGACCAUCCCCCUCUCAAUAAAGGAAGCUUAUGAGAGCUGGAAUCUAUGGGAAGUUGACAAAGCCAUCAAGAAGAUCUGGAACAUGGUACCAGCUUGUAUAUUUUGGUGUAUCUGGUUAAAAAGGAAUAGGAGAUGUUUUCAGGGGUGUCAACACCUUUAGGUCUUUUGAAAGCAAGGUGUAUUGCCAAUUUGUUUAGUUGGACCAAAUUGGUCCCUGUAGGUAAUGCAGAACAACUUUUGGAUUUUACUAGCUCAUUAGUUCUGGCUUAGAUAUUUGUUGUACAGCCAGCCAAGUCUUUUUUUGCAAGCUCAAAUGCUAUAUCUUGUAAUUAUUGCAUCUUCUUGAUGCCUUUGAUUAAUCUUUGAUUAAUACCACUUCAUCCGAAAAAACAACUUCAUCUGGCUAGCCAAUCCAUCGCACCUUGCCUAUGGAAGGCAUCUUUUACCGUCAAUGUUGAACUAUGUGUGAUCAUUUUAUCUAAUAGUUUAUGAUAUUAGAAAGGGUACACUUCUAUUUACUUAAUUAUAUCUUGAACAAGUGUUCCAGUCCAGAGACUUUGUUUCUAUUUUGGUGAAGCUUUACAAGAGAGGAUACAUUGAGAAAUACAAAGGUCCCCAAGUUUUGAAAGAAAAUUAAGGUUUUUAAGCACUCUGACAUUAGGUACCACACCAGAAGCCUUAAGCUGCCACCAAGUAAUUCCCUCACUCAAUGAUGCAAUUUGCAGGAGUUCAAGCAAUAAUUGAAAAUGUUGAAGGUGCAACCAAGAUUCAUUUAGUUGAUUUAUAUAUCAGAACAGGGAUUCAGUGUACGGGCUUGAUGCAAGCCCUUGGUGAACAACGUGACGUCCAAUUGAGCUUACGAAGAUAGCUGUUGUUGGACAAAAACUUCACCUUCUUUAUUGAACCGUUUUGUUGAGACACUUUUCUUUUAUAGUGUGCUUUUUGAUUUCUUUGAGGACUGCAUGAAUAGAGACAAUCUGGUCAGAAAGACCAUUGAAGUAUUUCAUAUUGGUGAAGGUUUCCGGAAUAUGGUUGUCCCUGAGGGUGUGGAAAAGUUCACGCGGAUUGUGAAGCUUGACGUAUGGAGAGCAUACUUUGCAAGGUUUAGAAUGGUGGAAAUGGAACUCAGUGAGUCAUCUUGGUAUCAGCAAAUCUGAUUCUAAAGAACUAGCCGAAGUUGUGAAUAGAAAGAGGAAAAAACAUUACAUGAACAAGCACCGACAAGAUAUUUAUGAGGAAAAGAGUGUUGCAAAAGCUUUUACAGAUUAUAAAGUAAGCAACUUCCUAUUAGUUGUCAUUUAUUCUCUAAUUUGCUGAACUAAUACCAAUAUUACAAAACAAAUAACAUCAUUGAUAGAGAAUAAUCAAUAAAUAGUGUGUAAAAUACUCAAAGAAUGCUGAAAAUCCGCUAUAUCUUUCGACUUAUAUGAUUGCCAUUGAUGCUAUUGUUUGCUCGUGAUAUGCAGCUUAAAUGAGACCCUGGUCUUUGCUUUUAUAUCUAUUUGUGCCUUAAUUGGAUCGAGUUGGUUUUAUACAAAUAGUGAUCUCAACGGCCAACCAGUCAACUAUUUAGUCAUAUUUUUGGUAGAUGAAGAGUAAAUUAUUGAAAGAGCCAAGAUCUUUUUCGGUAUUAUAAUAAAUAUUUUUGAUAGAGCAAUGUUUUUUCUUAAAUAUUUUCUAUUGUAAGCAUUCACUGUGGGGGAUGGCAACAAACAUCCUGAAAAUGCGUAUUUAAUAACUUAUCUUAUCAAUAUCUUGAUAGUAUUUUCUCCUGA